ACGUUAAUCGGCAAAGAAAGAGCGAAAACACGCCGGAGCCGGGGUUUGUUUACUUCCGGCAGACAUAGCAACGUCACGUCCGCUCCCGCCCAAUCAGAACGCUUCGCCGCCCCCACCGCUAAAGCGGAUUUAAUCGUUCGUUUUCCAGGGUAAACACGAAGGAGAACAAUUUUAAUCAUAGUUACUUCAUUCCGAAUAAACAUUUCGAAUUAAAACGCCAUGUAACCGCGGUAACAGUAGUGACAGUGUCCGGUCGCGGUGCAGCAGUAAAACGUGUCCGUGCUGUCGUCGUUGGUAUUCAGUUCCUGGUGCGUGAGUCCCGCAGAUCCACGAUGGUUUCCGGCUCUGUUCACGCGCUGUUUGCGGGUUUGGUGGCUUCGGUCUCCUCCGUGUGCGCAAAGCUGUCCGUGGGAGCAAACUACAUCACGCACAUGUGUGAGUCCGGCCUGGGGCACACACACACAGGAGGAGAGGCGUCAGUCUGCGACUGGCUGCAGGUGCCCCUGCGCCUGCUGUGCGCCGGCCUCCUGCUGGCCUGUAACACCGUCAUGUGGACGUUGUUCGCCAAAGCUCUGCGGCUCUGCUCAUCCUCGGCCCGGGCCACCGUCACCACCACGGCCUCCAACUUCCUCUGCUCUGCCGUGCUGGGCAGGCUGCUGUUCGGAGAGACCCACGACGCUCUGUGGUGGGCCGGCAUCUCGCUCACUCUGUGUGGACUGCUGCUGCUUCACGGGUCGACGGCCCGGACGCUCCAGCAGGGCCACGAGAAGGACGAGUGAAGCGUGUUUCAGACUGGAACAAACCUUCUGAGACCACCUGGUACCUCCUGAACCCUCCUCAGACCACCCGAGACAUCGCAGACUCACCACAGCACUUUAAAGAGGAAGAGGUUUACAGCGGCUCACAGUCCGCCUACAGCAGAGCUCUGCGGCUCCCUGAAGCGUUCUCAGAGCGAUUCGCAAAUAAACACUUAGCUUUCAUUUUAUCGACAUUCUGCGCUGAUUUCCAGAACGGUCUAAUGUCCCGGAUGAAAACAGCUUCAGGAGGUGAAACAGUCGGCAGAGAUCAAACCGCUGGAAAUGGACCAAAUACAUAAAACUCCUGGAAGAAUGGUGAAAAUAAAAUGAUUAAAAUACAAGGACAGAUUGUGUUUUUGAAAAAAUAAAAAAUAAAAGGGAAACAAAGGAAAAAAAAAAA